AUGGAGACGGUGGUGAUUGUGGCGAUCAGCAUCCUGGCGGCCAUUUUCCUGGCCUCGUUCGUGGCGCUGGUUGUUGUCUGCAAACACCGCUACUGCCACCCUCAUGACCUGCUGCAUCAGUUCGACUCCAAGCCCACAGUUGACCUUAUUGGAGCUAUGGAGACUCAGAGUGAACCGUCUGAGCUGGAGUUGGAUGAUGUCGUAAUCACAAACCCUCACAUAGAAGCCAUCUUGGAGAAUGAAGAUUGGAUAGAGGACGCAUCUGGCUUGGUCUCACACUGCAUCUCGAUUUUAAAGAUUUGUCACACGCUAACAGAAAAGCUGGUUGCUAUGACAAUGGGCUCAGGAUCAAAGGUCAAAGCACCAGCCAGUCUCAGUGAUAUUAUAACUGUGGCCAAACGCAUCAGUCCACGAGUGGAUGAUGUGGUCAGGUCUAUGUACCCACCGCUGGACCCAAUCCUCCUGGACGCUCGGGCCACUGCUCUGCUCCUCUCCGUCAGUCACUUGGUGCUGGUGACCCGAAACGCGUGCCACAUGUCCGGGAGUCUGGACUGGAUCGAACAAUCCCUGAACGCCGCCGAGGACCACAUGGUCGUGCUGAGAGAGGCUGCUCUCGCCUCGGAACCAGAGCGGGGCUUUCCUGCUCCAGAGCCACAAAGAGAACAGGCCAUUUAA